AUGCUACCCACUUGGCAACCCCCGGCGGAUUAUCGCAACAGGGCCGUCGUGGUUUUAGGCGGCGGUGUGCUCGGAAGGCGGAUAGGUUGUGUCUGGGCAUCGGCGGGAUACAAUGUUCGAAUUCGGGAUCCGAGCCCCCAGCAACGAGAGGAUAGCGUUGAGUACGUCAAACUGAACGUUGAUUCGUACGCGGAGAAGACAGGCCAGGCCUCUGGCACGGUCGAAGCUCUCGAGAGUCUUGAAGAUGCACUUAUCGGUGCCUGGCUAGUUAUCGAAGCCGUUCCGGAGAAGCUUCAGCUCAAGAUCGACACUUUUGCUCAGCUCGAGGCACUUGCGCCAAAUGACUGCAUCCUGGCCUCCAACUCGUCCUCCUACAAGUCUUCAGAAAUGAUUGAGAAGGUUUCCGACGAUGCUAAAUCUCGAAUUCUGAACAUGCAUUAUUAUAUGCCCCCCCAGAACAUGGUCGUUGAGCUCAUGACAGACGGCUAUACUGAAGAAGCCAUUUUCUCCUUCAUGGUUGAGCGAUGCAAAGAAGCAGCAACUCUGCCCUACGUUGCUAAGAAGCAGUCAACUGGUUUUAUUUUCAAUCGUCUUUGGGCUGCUGUCAAGAGAGAAACCUUGACAAUCUUGGCAGAAGGCGUCUCCGUUCCCGAGGAGAUUGACUCUCUGUGGACCGAAAUGUUCGUCAAGGGAGGCGCAACCCCUUGCAAAACGAUGGACAACGUGGGCCUAGAUACGGUCGCUUUCAUCGAGUCUCAUUAUGUCGAGGAACGUGGUCUGUCUCCAGCGAAGACGGUGGAUUUCCUGAACACACAUUAUAUCAACGAUGGAAAGCUAGGCACAAAGAGCUCACACGGUGGUCUCUACCCUCCAGCUGCGGAUAAACCGGAUGAACUGCCUGCACCAAGUGUGCUUGUUUUGGACAUUGGUCUCGCCUCUUCCACCCCGACAAUGUCAUCUGGUUCCAUUCUGGAAUUCUCAACAGCCGGAAAACUCAAACGAACACUCGCCAAGGAUCAAGCUCUUCCAGAUGGUGUGGCUGUUGACAGUGAGAGCGGUCUGAUCUUUUGGACCAACAUGGGUAUUCCAGGAAAACAAGACGGUGCCGUGCUUUCACUCGACCUGAGCACAAUGGCUAUCAAGACCCUGGUCGUCCCUGGCACCAUCAACACUCCAAAGCAACUUGCUUUGGACAAUGUCGCAAAGAAGAUCUAUUUCUCCGACCGCGAGGGAUGCCGUGUUUACCGCUGCAACUUUGAUGGCACUGACUUGGAGACCCUUGUCGAGACGGGCAACCCUGACAAUACCGACCCAACUGAGAAUAUUCACAACUGGUGUGUCGGUAUCACUGUCGCCCCAAAGCUAAACAAAUUUUUCUGGACCCAAAAGGGCCCAUCCAAGGGUGGCCAGGGCCGCAUCUUCUGUGCCGAUAUCUCGACACCCGUUGGUGAAUCUGCAGCCUCCAGAUCAGAUGUGGAAUGUAUCCUUGAGGACCUUCCGGAGCCUAUCGACCUUGAAAUUGAGGAGUCCUCUAAGACACUCUACUGGACUGAUCGUGGUGAGAUUCCGUUCGGCAAUUCGUUGAAUUGCUCUCGCCUCGAUGCAUGCGGCCGACCAAUCGACACAUCCUCGUCUCGAAAGCACGAGAUUCUGACUCGUAACUUCAACGAAGCGAUUGGAUUGAAGAUCGAUGCUAGCAACAAUGCUAUUUAUGUGACAGACCUUGGCGGCAGCAUCUAUCGGUGUGAUUUAGAUGGAAAGAACAAAUCUGUCUUGGUCAGAGAUGAUAACCGAGCUUUUACCGGGCUCGCUUUGCUCUGA